UUUGCCUAAAUGAGUCUGUAAGCUACUUUUCAUAUAUAGCGAAAGAUUUAUACUUUAUGUGUUUUGCUACUAACGAAAUUUGUAAGGGUUUAGGGUGGAAUGUGGUUGUGUAAUACAGGUCGAAGAAAAUGGAAAUACGUGGGGGCUUUUUUCGUCGGUGUGAUAACGCUAGUUACUGUUAAGGACAGUUUGUUAGGGGACAUUCCGAGCAAAAGAAAUUUACUAAAUGUAAAAGGGACGUCUCAUGCACGGUCGGAUGUAAUUUCCCACAAAGAAAGCAAGCUAAAACCAGCAAUUAAAAACCGUCAUGUAUCAGGAAAUUUGCAUAUCCACAUUGUUGGCUUAUCACGAACUAUUUCACUUCAAAAUGCUCAUCCGAAAACUCCGGACAAUGUUUCACUGAAAAGUUGCCCGGUUAAAGUUAACUUCGGAUCUUCAGCUAAAAAUCCAAUAAUUCGUUUGAGAAACGACCGAUUUCUUUUCGUGAUUGUGAAAAAUGGACCAAACAACCAGCUGUCAAGUCUAAGAGACGCAAUAUUUCUUUGUAUAAUGCUGAACAGGACGUUAGUUUUGCCUCUAAUGUUCAAGCACAGAUCUGACAGACAAAUUGAGAAUGGGAACGUUAUAAACAUCGCACAUCGUGUUGAUCUUGAUGCUUUGGGUCGCUUUAUUCCGUUCGUCACGCUCGAUGAGUUUCGCCAAUCAUGUGAUGGAAGAAUUAAUGACGUUUUUCGAGUCAAAUUCUUAUCCCCAAACAGAUACAGGGGGUACGAAGAAUUGCUGAAUAUGACAAUUGACGAAUUCCACGACUCAACCAAUCGCAAGGAUGUCUACGCAACGCCAAAGUUUCCAUUAAAACAGAACUUGACAAAAACACAACGAUUUCAUGUGGCUGCAACGAAGGAAGAGGUUUUAAAGUAUUAUAAUAGCAAGAAUCCAUGCGCCCUCUACCCACAACCGUAUAAAAAUCUGCUGGUUCACGAAGUUAUACCGCAAGAGAAAGCACCUCAAAACUUAAAUAUUGUUAAUACAAGUUAUGCUGCCCUGUAUUCGGAAAUUAUACGUCAUACGCGUCAUCCUCAACAUAUAAAGCAGAUGGCGUCACAAUAUAUUGAUGACGUCAUUAAAACUCGACAAUUCUUAUCUGUGCAUUGGAGAUUUGACCGAUCUGAUUGGAUGAGAAGAUGCCUGGCAGACGAGCCUUGGGCAACCUCUGCUCGCUUGCAACUGUGCGAAGAAAUACAAUCUUUCCGACCGCAAGAUGUCGCUCGAGCGAUCGCAAAUCAAACCGCCCAGUACGGAUGUGGUGACGUCUACAUUGCAUCACCACCAACGGAAGCGGAAUUUAUUCAAAAUGUUUCAAAUAUUCUACGCCAAAAUUACCGCCUUCAAGUUUUCACCCACACGGAUUUGGAAAAAUAUCUUGACGAAUAUUUCUCGUCAUGUGAUUGGUUAUCAUACAACCGUGACGACAUACAGUCGACUAUAGAGAUGGAUAUCGCCACAAUUUCAAAAAUCUUUCUUUCAUCUGGAAUGUCAAGUUGGUCAAAAGAAGUUGUGUUUUCACGUAAGCCUAGCUGUCUAAACCACGGAAUACUUGAGUUAGUACGUGACGUUCUGAGAUCGAAAGACGACCUCACUUAAAAGCAGGAAGCUGCUAUAAGCGGGAAUUCUCUCCGUAAACCUAUAGACACCUAAACUGGAAUCAAAUAUCUGGUCUCAAUUAAUAAGAAACAAAUUUCUGUGUGAUGUAUGUUCGACGAAAUAAAUAACUAGAAUAAUUUAAA